AUGGAGGAGAUUAAAUUUAAAGACAGAGCAGUCUACGUGCUGGAGAGAGAGUUAGGGGUUCAAGCCGGGCAUGCUCAGAGACUCCAGCUCCAAAAGGAGGCUUUAGAUGAACAGCUUUCCCAGAUCAAAGAGUCUGAUCGGCAUCUGAGCAGCCCCAAGCGGGAACUUCCUUAUGCAAGUGGUGCAGGAGACGCUUCAGACCAUUCGGGAAGCCCCGAACAGCAGUUGGAUGAAAAGGAUGCCCGGCGUUUCCAACUGAAAAUCGCCGAGCUGAGUGCCAUCAUCAGGAAGCUGGAGGACCGCAACGCGUUGCUGUCAGAGGAGAGAAAUGAGCUGUUAAAACGCCUUAGAGAAGCUGAAAGCCAGUAUAAGCCCAUUCUGGACAAGAAUAAACGCCUUAGUAGGAAGAAUGAAGAAUUGUCACAUGCCUUACGCCGAAUGGAAAAUAAAUUAAAAUUUGUAACGCAAGAAAACAUAGCGAUGAGGCAGAGAACUGGCACAAUAAGGAGACCAAGCUCUUUAAAUGACCUCGACCACAGUCAGGAAGAGAGAGAAGUUGAUUUCCUGAGACUGCAAGUCAUUGAGCAGCAAAACAUCAUUGAUGAACUCUCCAAGACGCUGGAGACUGCUGGCUACGUGAAGAGUGUCAUGGAACGGGAUAAGCUGUUAAGGUAUAGGAAGCAAAGGAAAAAAAUGACAAGAGUUCCCAAGAAGCCGGUUGUGGAGACGUUUUUCGGCUACGAUGAAGAAGCUUCCUUGGAGUCUGAUGGUUCCUCUAUCUCAUACCAAACUGACCGGACAGAUCAAACCCCUUGCACCCCUGAAGAUGACUUGGAAGAGGGCAUGGCCAAGGAAGAGACAGAACUGCGGUUUCGGCAGUUGACGAUGGAGUACCAGGCUCUGCAACGCGCUUACGCCCUAUUGCAAGAACAGGUCGGAGGAACAUUGGAUGCAGAACGAGAAGUUAAGACACGUGAGCAGCUCCAAGCAGAAAUACACCGAUCUCAGGCUCAGAUAGAGGACCUGGAGAAGGCCCUUGCCGAGCAGGGACAGGACAUGAAGUGGAUUGAGGAGAAGCAAGCGUUGUAUAGAAGAAACCAAGAACUGGUAGAAAAGAUAAAACAAAUGGAAGCCGAGGAAGCUCGCUUAAAACAUGAUGUCCAAGACGUCAAGGACCAAAACGAGCUCCUGGAGUUCAGGAUCCUGGAGCUUGAAGAGCGAGAACGACGAUCGCCUGCCAUCAACUUCCACCACGGCCCUUUCACAGAGGGGAAAAGCCCUCUCCAAGUGUACUGCGAGGCAGAAGGUGUAACAGACAUAGUAGUAGCAGAGCUGAUGAAAAAAUUGGACAUUUUAGGGGAUAACGCCGUAAGUGUAUGUUCCUUUAAUAAAUUGUGCAUGCUUUGCUCAGUAUUUGUCCUCACGUGA